AGUCCCACACCACCUCAAUAUGUGUUCUGGUGCCAUAAUCAGCGAAUGAUCAACUACGAUACUUCCCGAGGAGGUAUUACGGUGGAGACUGAUCCUGGUCCGAGAACUCAGUCUCGUCUAACAAUAAGAGAUACUGUGGACGCCGAUUCAGGCAACUAUACAUGCGCUGCCAGUAACACAGAGCCUGCUAGCAUUAUGGUCUUUGUUUCAGAAGGUGAUAAAAUGGCUGCAAUUCUUCGAAGAAAGACUUCAAAUGGAGAUGCUCUAGUUUCUCACUGGGCUGUGCUUUAUGCUACAAUGGCAGCUAUAUUAAAGUUAAAAUUUUAUAUUUAA